AUGUUUUCCCGCGCCCAUCUCGUCGCCGUUGGUGCGCUCGCGGGACUCCCCGUGCGGGUGGUGGUGGUGGCCCUGGUGUUCUUCAGUCUCCGCUUCUCCAAGCAGCCGGCGUUGCUCCACCCGACGGUGGUCGCCCUCGUCGCCAGCCUAGCGGCGACGUUGCCGCCGCUCUGGGGGGUGCCCACUCGUGCCCGUGACGCCAAGGGCAUUGCCAUUGGUGCCGGCGCCGGCGCCGUGCUUGCUUUACUGUGUCUUCUGGCGUCUAUUAUGGCCACCGAUUCCGGCAAAUUCUAUUGGAUUGCGGUAGCGGCGGUGCUCGCCACUACCGUGGCCAACGUCAUUGUCUCUAAGGGAAGCAUGGUGGUGGCAAUGUGCUCUACUGAGCCCCUCUACGUGCUCUGGGGCCACGGCGUCAUGCUGGUGGCGGUGCCCUUAUGGCUCGUGGCUAGUGCUCACUGGGGGGAGCCGGUACUCAAUAUCAGCGCCACCCAUCCGGGGAUGGCCCUCUAUUUUGCUGGCGCCGGUGUCCUUGCACUUGCCACGGUGUACUUAUUCAUCGACCAUACCCAUACUCAGCCAGAUACCAUCGAACAAGGCCACGGCGUCGUCGUUGACAUCCCCCAAGACGUGGAACUGAAGGUGACCGAUGAUACCCCGUUAGUCGAUGUCCCUGGCGAGGAUGUGAUGACUCUCGGCAUUAUUGCUGGCACCUAUCUCGUGCUGGCGGCGUUACCGUACUUUUGCUUCACGGUGUUCCCCACUCACCCUCAGACCAACCGCAGCUGGUUCACCCCGAUCAGUUGGCUUGCCUGGGCCGUUGGUGAAGCUAGCGCCUAUGGCGGUAGCAUCUGGUGGCUGCGGCGGGUCAUCCUCACCAAGUUUGAGCAAUUGCGGUCCUACGUGUUUAUCCGUCCCAUCUUCUGGAUCUUAUUUGCUGGAUGCAACAUUAAGGACCGGGGACCGUGGUGGGGCGGCGAUGGCUUUUAUUUAGUGCUUAUGGUCGCCUACGGAUGGACCCACGGCCAGUGUGUGGCGAGUGCGGUGGCGAAACUCAGUGACCGCAGUUUCACUCCCGAUCGGCGCCAGGUAUUGGCGGUGUACUUCGAGCGGAUGGCGGUAUCGGGUCUCAUUGCCGGUUUGCUAUGUCUGCUUCUAGUGUUGUGGUACUUUGACGCUUCCAUCCAUCAACGUUAG